CAUAUAUGCGCCCACCAUCUUAUAACUGCAUUCACACCCAUUUGUUUUGCCAGCAACGAUCGAUAACACAUUCCCCGGUCAGAAUGGCCGACAGUGUUGUUCCACGAGCAGUUAGAAAUUGGUUCAGGACGACUUAUCCGACUCUAGUCUUCGAAGAAACUUGGCUAACACAGUGCUGUGAAUAUCUUCAAACUCACUUCGACCUGACCCCACCACAGUUGAUCAAAAAAAUAGAAAAUCAACUUUUGUUAUCCGAUUUAUCAACCUCAACUUCUGCAGAAACGCCCCCUUUGAAGGACCUGUGGAUACCUGAACAAGAUGCUGAACGUCAGACAAAAGUGCAACAUCUUCCGAACCGAGGAAUCUUGGUGCAAAUCCAGUCGAUCACUGAGAUCGGUCAUUCGGCGCUUUCGCUUCGGACUGUUCACCAGAAACUCAUAGAUGAUGCGCAAGGAAGAGAUCGGGUCUUAGAUCUGGAGGACCCGGAAUCGCAGGACCGGCAAGCACCAAUCCUGUAUCCCAGGGCCAUGCUCAAGUUUGAUCUGAGUGAUGGGCAUCAUACGAUACCAGCAAUCGAGUACCAAAAGAUCGAUGGCCUCAGUUUGGCUGAAACUCCUCUAGGGUGCAAGCUGUUGAUUAAAUCCGCCACGAUCAGGCGCGGCCUUUUACUGCUUACCUCCGAAAACACUACUAUCAAAGGCUUCCAAGUAGAUGAAUUAGAUCUGAACCGCGAUCGUAUCCUUCAGGAAGGACUCAAUGCGCGUUUAAGCCGAGCCGCAGAUAACCCAGAACGUAAUGACGAUCAACAAGCCAUGAACCGGAUUCCAAAUGGCAAUGGUGUCACAAACUCUUCGGCAACCUCGUUUCAAUCCGCAUCGAUCGUCAAUACGCAUGACCCUUCAUCAGUCACUCAACCAAGAGUGAUUGUAGACCUGAGUGACUCAGAUAACUACUUUGAUGAUAACUCGGACUUCGAAGCUCAACUGUUGGCUCAUGAUAUUUAAUCAUCUCUUUUUUUUUUUGGAAGUCUACCCUUCCAUCAUCGUCUUUAUUCUUGAAACAUUUUUUUUCAAUAACUCGCCGGCUCAUGAACCUACUGCGAACCAAUCCACUGAUCAAAAAACCAUCAAAAAAUUCCUGACAUGUAUUGUUUUGCUGUCUAUCUACUCUUCCUAUAAAUAACCAUUGUCAGUAUCAUUACCUAGUCUUUCAGAGACCUAUUGUAGCCUCUUGCUGGCUGGUGUGGUGAGAUCUGUCUCUCUAGACUGAAUUUCUUA